AUGGCGUGGGAUGCCUUUCUGCCCAGUUUGUCCUCGAUUGCUGCGCGCUGCGCGGGCCGUUUGGUGAGUCACCACUGGGCGCAGCUGGACGAAUGCUUGAGCGAGACAUGGGCAGAGGCCCUUGCAGCUGAAUGUUUGCUUUUGGAGGAGGCCCAGUUGCUGAGCCCUCACACCUUCGAGUUUGCGGCGGAGGGUGGUCGCGUGCAGUAUCAACACCCUGGACGGAGGUUUGUGGAUUUGGAGGCUCCCCGCGUGACACCGGCAGUGGCCGCACGCGCCCCGGGCCUCGCCCACUUCGCUGCUGUGGCCGCAGGAAGCUUCACACGGCGGCUGCAGGAGGCGGCGCCCAGCCUACAGCUGCGGCCAGAGGUGCAGGUGAAGCUUCAACUCACCUGUGGGAGCUCGGGCUGCGCCCCGUGCCACUACGACACCUCGGAGACGGCGCCAGGGCGCCAGGUGACCUGGCUCUUGUACCCGGGCGACUGGAAAGAGGAGUAUGGAGCUGAGCUGGUGUUACAGCCAUUCUUGGACUCGGAGGUGAAGAUUUCUCCCCUCUUCAAUCGUGGCAUCCUCUUUCUCUCGGACCGGCUCUUGCACUACACCUUGCCACCCACCCGUGAGGGUGCCACAUUUGGACGCUGGCUGUUGACGAUUUGGCUGGAGGGCGACUCUGUGGAUGCUCCUUUGGGCCAGCGCUGGCCACCACUGCUGCAGCGGACACUGGCGCCAGCCAUUUACUCCAAGGUGUUCCUGAGUUCGUUGGAAAGAAGCAUGCCGCCAGGUCCUGCAUUGGAUGCCUUGAAAGCUGCCCAGGAGGAGGAGAUCACCUCCCUAGAGUCCGAUGAAACCUUUGGAGAAAUGCUUCCGGACCUCAGGGAGGCAGCGCUGGACGCCAUCGCAUCCAAUCGGAAGCGGAAGAGCUCCGGCAUGGGUAAAGAGGUGCUCAUGAAACUGGAGCUUUUGGAGGCACAAGAUCUUUGCCUCGCCACGUUGGAGGGCCACGAACGACUGGAGUAUGCCAAAGGGCGGAAAGACGCCGGAGGCAGAUACUUCAAGCGUGGGUGGUUUCAAGCAGCCCUGGAGAGAUAUAGCCUGACAGCGGAGAUGCUGACGCACAGAGAUGACAUCAAGGACAACUCCUUGUGGUCUCAAGCGCAAGAGGUCAAAUCGGCCUGCGAGCUAAAUGCAGCUGCGUGCUUGCUCAAGCUCGAGAAGUGGCGAGAUGUCGAGGCCGUUUGCAAUGCCAUCUUGCGCACCAACCCGGCCAACGAGAAGGCGCUCUUCCGCCGGGGAAAGGCGCUGCUGGCGCUGGGCGAGGCAGACCGCGCGGAGAAGGAUCUGAAGAAGGUCUUGGAGGUCAACGCUGGGAACAGUGAGGCCAAGCACCUUUUGCAGCAGGCUCGGAAGGAGAGCAAAGGCACGAAACGUGAGCGGAAUGUGUAUGCUGCGAUGCUGCAGUCUGAGUGA